AGCAGACAGAGGAAGUGGUGCCAGCUGUAAAUUAUCCGGACACGGAGCUGCCUAGGUACUGAAGGAGAAACUGAGGCAUUCGGCAGCUCUGCCUGCUUCUCGGUUUUGUCAAGGCCCAGCCUUCACAGGGUCCCUGAGGGAAGGCACUUGGUACCUCAAGGACAAGCUUCUAUGAUGUCAGCACCUGACCUCUGUGACUCAGGCACUCUCUGCCACGAAAAGGGGCUCUCAGCUCCCACUGGUGGCGGCAACACCGCCCCUUAGACAAAGCCUGGGUCUCUCACAGCUCCCACAGGCUUUUACCAGCUGGUCCCACUGCUGCUGUGGCUGCUGGAUGUGAUAAACCAUCUCAGCCAGCGCCUGGCUGACCCAGAGGACGUCAGCAUUAGGAUGGACAAGGGGCUCAGGGAACCGGUGAGAGAAAUCCAGGGUGCUUGAAGAAUCUCUGAGCCGAGAUUAGGAGGCCGAACACACAGAAGACUUCUGGCUGGCUUCUGGAGGACUAAGACAACACUCAGAAUCUGGGGUCAGGGUCCUCUCCUGGCUAGGUGUCUCAUGAAGUGAGGCCUGGAGGAAUCCUCAGAGCUGACUACACAGAGGCGAGAAGCCAGGCUCAGACAGAGGCUCCCACCUGAGCACUCUGAGGGCCUCAGGCUGCAAGACCAGCACCUCCUCGGCCUCCUGCUGACGACACCGGUAGCAGCACCAGCCUGAAGCCACAAGGCACCCAGAAGGCAGCCUGGAUGCUCAACCUCCCCCGGCCCUUGAUAUUGGGGUCCUGAGCCCGCUAGGUUUUUAAUCCCUCAUUUGGUCGCCCAAGGCCUUUUGGAUUUAAGGCAAUGUUGCCUCAAAACCAGGACCAGGUGCUGCUAGGGAACACUUUUCCUCCUGGCUGUCCGCCUUGCAGCCUCUCACAACCUUCGGACUCCCCUCACUCCAACCUCCAGCGCUGGUCUCUGCGUCGAUCCCCCCCUGACCCUCACCCAUCUGUGUCCACUUCCCCAGAAACCCGUCUGUCCUCCCCCUUUCCUCCACAGACCCACACUUCCAGUCCUCAGUUACACUCUUGCAGUCAUUUGGACUUACCUCCACACCCCUACUCCUCCUCUCUCCCAAGUCUCCCCACUUUUUCUCAUCAGAGCUACCCUUACCUCUCCAAUCCACAGUCCUCUUCCAACUGCUACUGGUUGUGCACCUCGCCUCCUUUUACCCACCCCUCCUCGGCUUCGCAGCAGUGGAACUCCCUUCCCGAAUCCCACUGCCAAAGUACUUCCCACCCCGAAGACCUCCUUAGCUCCCCGCUCACAUCCCGCAGUCCGGCCCUUCCUUCUCCAGGGAUCUACUCUAACAGGCAGGCACAGCACUGGAGCCGGGGAACCAGGUCCCCUGGGGUGGUGAUGGGAUGCACUGCAGGUGACAGGAACCCUGCAGAGUUCAGGAACCCAGGGUCCCUGGCCCAGACCCUGGUGGCCCGGCUGGGGCUUCGACGCAUUGCACACGACCUACGGCUCCUGCUUUUGCAGCAUUUGUGGUUUGGCAGAAACAGCCAGGCCCCAGUUGUGGAGUAUCCCAUAUGCCUCUUGUGCCUUCAUCUCCGAAGUCCUUCUUGUCCUAUCUCCAAGUACAGUACUGGACCUCAGCUGCUUGCCUUUCCUCAACUACUACCCUGUGCUCGAGGCAAGGAAUUUGGGCCACGCCGAAUGGGCAUUGGCUUUGGCCUCCGCCUGUCCUUGGGUGAGGCCAGGGCCUUGAAUCUGUUGCCAAAAAGAAGGCAGAAGGGAGCAAGGCCUCGGGGCAAGGCCGCUCAAUCCCCUUGGUGUGAAACACCUGCAGCACAGGCCCAAGGGGCUUGGGGCCAGGCUGAUCCAGCCCCAGGCACAUCCUCCUACACUCAGAGCCUCAGGUCUGCACAUCUUCAAACACCAGACUCCACUCAAAGGUCAGGGCUUUCGCAUCAGGCCUCAAAUCAAGCCUCCCCAAAGCCCAGCCCUUCUCCAGACUGUGGACCACAGUCUUUUCCCCAAAAGUUCUCAUCCCAGUUCCAGAGCUACGGAGGAUCCCUGGAACUCCUUGCCCAAACCCCAGACUCUACACCAAGCUCUGACUCUCAGGGAGCCCCUGAGAUUAUCUGAAGAGCUGGCCGGCCAGAGGUCAGAUAUGUUCUCUCCUGAACCCUGGAAACCCCCUGUGGAGUCUUUUCCUAGCUGAAGCAGACUUGAGGCAAACUAAGGCCCCAUUUAGUCUUCAGUGUAUCCAAUAAAGCUUAA